UACGCACUAUAUCACUAUCUUAAUAUUUUUCUUUUGUACUUAUUUUUCUCUCCAGAAAAUGGAUAUGGGGCCGUGUCCGAAGGUGCACUCAUUGCAGCUAAGGAAAGAAUAUGAAGAAGCCAAAGCAAAAGGUCUCGAUAACUAUGAUAGGGACUUGGAGGAUGUUAUCGAUAGACUUAUUGUUGAGUGUGAUAGAAAAAUUACUAGAGCUCUCAAACGUCUUGAGGAUGAGGAUGCAAAAGCUGCUAUUGCAAUUUCCGUGACUGAGGUUACACAGACACCUGAGAUUAUUGAGUUAUCGAAACAGAUCAGGGAGAAGUUGAAAGAAGUUGAUCAAUAUGGUAAGUUCCUUUUGGAUUAAUGUACUUUUUCUACUUUAUCUUUUGAGAUUGAGAGGUAGGGUAUUUCUUGUUAUUCUAGUUUUCUAUG